AUGCGCCUCUCGAGUCCUCUAAUCCUCGUGCUACCUCUGCACCUCCUCGGCUCUGGGGCUUUGCCUGUAGGAUCUGGACUGGAAUUUCUAUCGAGGGCCGAUGGAGCAGAGCUCCCGGCGCUACGUGCGGUGUCGCCAGUCUUCGCAGAUAAAUACCUUCCGGUCAUCAAAAGAGAUGGAGAAGAUGUACCCCAGCUCGAGGGCCGACCUGUGGUCAAGCGAGGUGAAACGAUGCCCCAGCUCGAGGGGCGACCUGUGAUCAAGCGAGGUGAAACGACACCGCAGCUUGAGGGCCGACCUGUGGUCAAGAGAGGUGAAGCGACACCGCAGCUUGAGGGGCGACCUGUGGUCAAGCGAGGUGAAACGAUGCCCCAGCUCGAGGGCCGACCUGUGGUCAAGCGAGGUGAAACGAUGCCCCAGCUUGGGGGCCGAUCGAUGAAUAAGCGCAACCCAGAACCAUCAAUCCAGCAUGUGCACCAGAUCAUACCGCCUGGAGAAAUCGCCGGAGAUUAUUAA